GUCGGUCACUCUCCCUGGCAGGUUUCAAUCGGUCGAGCUCGGCUGAUUGUGUCGCUUCGGGGAGAGAAGGGAUCCGGGGGAGGAGUCGGGAGCUGGGAUUGGCCGCCGCGCACUCCGCGUCUGUCGGAAUGGCUCCGUGCACCGGCCGGCUGCUCGCAACCUUGCUGCUCGUAAAUCAACUUAAUCUGCUCUCUGCCUGCAAUGAAGCCUAUUACUCCUACCUUCUUAAACACAUUUGCUUGGAGGCUUACAGAUUUCAGAUGACAGAUGUUGGAAAAAAACUCUGGUGUGACUGGGAAGAAACACUAAGUUCCUAUAGAGAUAUUACAAACUGCACAUUUUUGAUUGCUAACAAGAUGGAUUGUUUUUGGCCGAAUCAGAUGGUGGACCAGUUCUUCAUUACCAUUCACAAAGAAUACUUUGUAAACUGUUCCAUCUCUGGGAGAGCCUUGGGGGAUCCUCCAAACAACAUAGUAGGACCUUUCAUUAUGAUCCCGGUGAUGAUUACUCUGCUUAUGACAGCACUUGUCGUGUGGAGGAGCAAGCGGAAUGAAGGCAUUGUAUAAAAAACUAUUUUAUCAUCCCUUCCACUGGGUUAGAGAACAUAUGAAAUUCAACCAUCUGACAAGAUGAUAUUGCUGUGUUUGACUUUGCAUCGAAGAGGGUGAAAAGCAAGGCACUGAACUGCAGCAUCAUUGAACCAUCAUCAACAACAAAUAAUGUCUGGACAUUCAUCAGGAAUUGCUACAUUCUAGAUUACUUGUCAAAGUUGAAUACUUGGGCAUAGUGAAAUUACAACAAUCUGCACUUGGUUAUUAAGCAUGUAACUUUAGUGAAUAAAAUUUUAACAAAUUUUAUAGCAAUUGGGUUGGGUAACCAUGCUGCCUUAACUCAUGCAUGAGAGAUUUUUUAAUGACUGAGCUCCAUACAAAAAAAAAACACAUCAAGUACUCAAGCUGUGUGUGGAUACUGGUACCAUUUUCUUGAUAUAUUCAACACUCAUUGAUCCACUUGUGUAUUUUUGACAGUGAUCCUUUUUGAAGGAGAAUGAAUUGGCCAGGUAUUGAAGAUAACAGAAACCAAUCAUUUGUGAACAUUCAAAUCACACCAUGAAGCAGAGUAUGUUGAGAGAAAAAAAAACACAAAACUUUUAACUUUUUGUUUUAAUCUUGAAGAUUUCUCAGUAAUUUGAUUGUUAGAAAUGUGCUGAACAUCUGAAUCACUAUUCUGGACCAUCUUAAAAUCGGCAGGGUGGUAAAGUGACCUCUGGCUUCAUUCAGUGGCUGAGAGUGAGAAUGGAAUCCUUCUUUCUACCGUUUAUUAUUCUCUGGGGAAACCAAGUUUAAAUGGGUAGUGCAUUCAGACUUGGCAUAGUCUACUCACAUUUACUUAGUCUAACAUUCAUUGUCUAAAGUUACACACAAAAAUAGAACUGUUUCUCAAAAGUUUUCAAUAUCUUUGAGAGGAUAAAAGAGGAAAAUAAUAUUUUUGUAAAAUAGAUCAAUAAAAGUACAGACAUUGCAUGAUUAAAGAGACUAAUGAAACAUUAAAAAAAAUAGAACAAAUGUCAGUGACAAAUUGGAACAAGCACACACAUGUGCCAGAAAGAAGCAUAUCGUGGUCUGAGCUGUUAGGACAGAAACUGUUUCAUGUUGCUGACUUUUCAUCAGAACUGCGAAAAGGCAAAGUUGAAACUAUAUAAGUAGGGACAGAGAAAGGGGCAAAAGAAGGUUGGCCAGGGUAGGGUGAGAAUAAAAAGGGCUUGCAAUUGGUUAUUUAAUCACUUGCUACCUAAACAUAGGGAGCAAGACAACAAUAAUAAUAAAAAAAAAACAAUAGCAGGAGCCUGAGGAAAACAUAGCAGAGAGAAAGUUGUCGAUGGCCAGAGAUCUAGCAGAGGUUCAACCUUCUGGUUUAUCUCAAGUCCCAGCCUGCACCACACAAGCCAUUCCCAUUUUUAAGCCUCUGUUCACAAGAAUGGAAGCAAAGCAGUAGACUUAAAAUAGAGUUGGAAAGAUUAUGAAUUAAGAGACUUAAGUUCCUCAAACUGCAUGUGAAUAAAUAGAUGAGAAAGGUCAGAAUAUCAGUGGGAUGGAGAACUAGUGAUGGGUGAAUAAAGUCCAUGGUUGAACUUGAGUGAACAGAGGUUCAACAGACCCAUGUUUGUCUAACUACAGCACAUAUCACUAAUCAGUUUUGUGCUCCGUUGCCAACAGGGUGACAGGAGUUGAAAGAGCAGCACCUUCCUCUUCCAUGUCUGAAUAGAAUGUUGGAGUCUGAAACCAUCACUUUGGUAUGUUGGAAAGCCAUGUAUAGUGGUUGUGCCAAAUGCAAUGAACCAUUAGAACAUGGCUAGAAAUUCAGGUUGAAAAUGACCAGGUCACAAACUCUGGCAAAUGAACUCAGGCAAGUGUGAAUACAUUCAAACAGUCAUGCACAGGCUCUGAGUGGUAAGAACUUGUACUGAGAGCACAUGGUACUGGAGACCUGCGGCUGCGGGUCUGGGUAGUGGGAGAUGGACACCUACCCAAUGUCAUAGGCUGCACAUGCACAAAUAAACACCUGGUCUUGAAAGAUCUCAGAAUGACCAAAUUAAUUUUCCAAGUCCAAAGGGCAAUAAACAGUAGCCCUCUUGGCAAUGUUAAGGAUUUUUAAAAACUGCCAUAAACCAGCAACAGAACACAGUAACUAGGGUGUGCAGUAUCAGACCUCAAGAUUUGCCUACCAGGGCACGCAGUAUCAAGUAUCACAAAUUAUUGUCAGGACUAGAUAAAGCAACACUACCAGCAUAAUACAUCACAGAAGGUAACCACUUAGCCCCCAUCAAAUCUGCACGGCCCCUUUAAAAAAAAAAGGAGUGACCAAGCUGUCCCAUCACUACCCUUUCUUCCCAUAUUCUUACAAUAUUUUCUUCUUCAAGUAGCAUGAUGGAUUGUUCAGUCCUGAUGUGCUUUGUUGUAGUUUCCACAGCUUUGCCGUGGGUGCUUCGGUUUCCUUCCAUGUCCUAAAGAAGUGGUUUUGUGGGUUAACUGGUCAUUGUAAUGAGGGAGAGAGAAAAAAUUGUAUCUUUUUGGUGACAAUUUCCAAAUCCUACCAAUCUGUCAAGGUAAAAAUCUACCUCAAAUUCCUUCUGGUUCUUUCAAUCAUUGCUGUAAACCAGUGGUUUGGUUAUCAACUCUUCAGCCAUGGCAAUAAUGACUGGACUUGCAGAAUCGCACAUUGGGGAAUAGAAACUGAACUCAGAAUUGUGUUUCAUACACUUGUAUAAGUAGUAUUGAAAUUACAAAAUAUUAGCUGAGUGCGAGUAUCACAUCAAAUUAGCAUAAUUUUUGUCUAUUUGCUAUUAACUUUUCUUAUUGUGCAUGUAUUGUGGACUAGUAAUUAGAAGUUUGUAUACAAUGAACAACUGGAAAAAGGGCACAAUGAUAUGCAUCAUAGAUUAAUACUGGGUCAUGUUUCAUCUCAACUUCUCAAUUGAUAGCAGUCUUUGUCUAGAAUUAACAUUGUUAAUUCUGAAAUGCCCUCUUAAGUGGUCCAGCAAGCCACUUAUUUAAGGACAAUAGAUUAUAAAUGCUAGAAUUAUUGUUUCUUAUCCACAAGUCAUAAGAACAUAAGAAAUAGGAGCAGGAGCAGGCCAUCUGGCCCAUCAAGCCUGCCCUGCCAUUCAAUAAGAUCAUGGCUGAACUGUCCGUAAACUCAGCUCCAUCUACCUGCUUUUCCCCCAAACUCUUAAUUCCCCUACUAUGUAAAAAUCUUAAAUAUAUCUUAAACUAUCUUAAAUAUAUCUAGUGAAGAAGUCUCAACUGCUUCCCUGGGCCAAGAAUUCCACAGAUUCACCACUCUCUGGGAAAAACAAUUUGUCCUCAUCUGUGUCCUAAAUCUCCCCUGAAUCUUGAGGCAAUAUCCCCUAAACAUCCCGGAUUUUUAGCAGAAUCAUAAUUAAACACAGAAGAUCAAGUACCAUGAACUAAUGCUGCACAUUUAUCAGUUGUUAAGGACUAGGCAUGUUUAAUCCUUAGAAAAAUGAAUCUGCUGUCCUUACCUAGUCUGUCCUAAAUGCAACUCUAGAGACAAGUCUUUCAAUCAAUUGACUGGACUCUGCAAACACAAACCUUUUGAAGAUCUGUCUCUCCAACACAAAUCUUAAACAUGGCAAAUAAAUCUUCCUCUACUUACAUUUUACUGCUCUAUCUCAGCUGAUGAAGUAGUCCUAUUUGAGGGAGCAAUGAGUGUAACAAAAACAGAGUCUGUACAUAUCCAUCACCAACAGAGGCUCCAAUAGGAUUAUUACUUCUAUAGGAUAAUAGCUGGUCUUGUAUCCUGAGUGUUCAGAGAAUACAGUAAUGAACCUCAAGCAAUGUACGCAUUUGUGUUUAGUCUAAGACAGUAUCCGUGAGUAACCUGUCAAGAUGAAGUCCCAUAUAGACUCUCAGUUGUGUUGCAUUGCUUGAUGACAGAACCAGAAAUAUAAGCUGUUGGUCUGAAAGUUUGACAUCCGUCAUUACCAAGCCAAGGAAUCAGAGUUGCUUCACUUACAGGAAGGAGCGUGCCAGGAAAAUCAUCAAGCACAUCUUUGUGAUCCAAAUUCCAAUGGUUCCGUUCCAAUUUCUGAUCUGGUCACAUCCAGUGAAAAAUGAGGGAGCAUAAUUAAUGAAAAUGUUCUGUUUAUGGGAUCGGGGGUGGAGGGAACCCAACACGCAAGAUCUAAAAACACAGUUGAAACAUCUACAAGCAUUUUCAGCCAAGUGCCAAAAUGGUAACCCUGCCAAGCUGGCAAUUACCUCUGUCCAAUAACAAGUAACAGCUGAGCAAACCAAAUGUAGCAAAGGCCAAGUGCUUCCCAUGCUCCAGUCCAAACUUUUCCAGAGCUUCUAAUUAACAGAAAGUUACUCAGGCUUUGAUAU